AAAUACAAUAACUCUCAUUAUUAAAUGAUAUUAAAAUAUUCUUUUUUCCUUUUUUUUAGCUUAAUAUAGUAUAUUUUAGCAACAGAUUGCCCUGAUGGUUAAUACUAUAGUACAGAAUAAACCUCUUGUUAGCCUUGCAAUCCUUCUUUGAAAUGCAAAACUUGCAAUAACGCAAAUUAAUGUUUGACUUGUGAUAUUUCAAAAGGAUAUCUCUCAGAUGUAGCUUGUUGUGAUUAUAAUUAUUAUUUUGAUGCAAGUUCAAAGCAAUGCAGUUCUUGCUUGUAAAAUUGUCAAUAGUGCACUGAUAAUACUUCUUGUAAAAAGUGCUUAGAUGGUUACUAUUUGAACGGUUCCUCUUGUACUGCUUGCCCAGCAUCUCAAAAUUGUAAAAUUUGUUCUGAUUAAAAUAAUUGUUCUAAAUGCUAAGAUGGAUUUUAUCUUAAUGGUAGUACUUGUGUUUUGUGUACAAAUAAUUGUAAAACUUGUAGUGCUUCUGAUUAAUGUAUUACAUGUAUAGAUAGUUUUUAUUUAAAUGGAACUAGUUGUGUAAAUGACUGUGGAUAAGGAAGAUAUAAAGAUAGCGAAUAAUUUAAAUGCUAAGAUUGUGCAAAAGAUUUGAAUUGUAAAACUUGUAUUGACAACAAAUCUUGUUUAGAUUGCAUUGAUAAUUAUAAAAAGAAUGGUAGUAUUUGCGUGAGUGAUUGUGGUGUAGGAAAAUACUCUGAUUUAAAAAACGUAUGCCAAGUCUGUGUAUCAGCCUUAAAUUGUAAAACGUGUACUGAUGAUAAAAGUUGUUCUAGUUGUUUAGAUGGUUACUAUUUAGAUAGCGAUAGUAAAAAGUGCUUGGCUUGUGGCUCUAAUCUUAACUGUAAAACAUGUAAUGAUUAAUUAACAUGUAAAACAUGUGCUGAUAAUUUUUAUUUAAGUGGAUAAUUAUGUGUAAGUAGCUGCGGAGAUGGGAAAUAUGCAGAUAUUAAUAAAAUUUGUUAAGAUUGUGGAUAAGGGUUGAACUGCAAAACUUGUAAAACUUCAACAGGCUGUGAAAGCUGCUUUGAUGGUUCUUUCAAAAAUUUAGAUAAUAAUAAAUGCGAUACUUGUGAUUCUAAACUUAAUUGCAAAACAUGUAGCAGCUCAACAGCAUGUGAUAUUUGCUUAAAUGGUUAUUUUAAAGAUGGUAAUUCUUGUGUUGAUACAUGUCCAGCUGGAAAAUAUCCUGAUAAUAGUAAGAUAUGCCAACAAUGCAGUAUUUCUUUUAACUGUAAAACCUGCAUAGAUAAUUAAAGCUGCUCUAGUUGCUAAGAUGGAUAUUAUUUGGAUAGUAUAAGUAAAAAAUGCUUAAAUUGCAACUCUAAGUGCAAAACAUGUAGUGAUUAAUCCAUAUGUAAAACUUGUAAUGAUGGUUUUUAUCUUAGUGGAUAGCAAUGUGUAAGUGACUGUGGAGAAGGAAAAUAUGCAGAUUCUAAAAAAAUUUGCUAAAAUUGCGGAUUAGGCUUGAACUGUAAAACUUGUUUAACUUCUACCACUUGUGAAAGCUGUUUGGAUGGUUUUUUCAAAAAUACAAAUAAUAGCAAUAAAUGUGAUCCUUGCGAUUCUAAACUUAACUGCAAAACAUGCAUCAGCUCUACUGCUUGCGAUAUUUGCCAGGAUGGUUUUUAUAAAGAUGGAGAUUCUUGUGUUAAUUAGUGCCCAAGUGGAAAAUAUCUUGAUAAUAAAAUAUGUAAACCCUGUAAUAGCUCUCUCAACUGUAAAGCUUGCAGUGAUAACUAAAGCUGCUAAUCUUGUCUGAAUGGUUUUUUUCAAGAUGGCAAAGUUUGUGUUAAUCCCUGUGGUUAAGGAAAAUAUUCAGAUAAAAAUAAUAUUUGCCAAACAUGUAACUAAAAUUUGAAUUGUUAAUCUUGCAAAGAUAGCUCUAGUUGUGAUUCAUGUAAAACAAAUUACACUUUGUAAUAAAAUAAAUGUGUUUUAUCUAGUUGUCCUGAUGGAUAAUACCUUGAUAAUACAACUCAAACGUGUCUAAUCUGUAGAAGAGAUCUUAAUUGCCAAACUUGUUAAAAUAACUCAGAAUGCUUAACUUGCUUGAAUUCAUUCUAUAAAGAUGGCAAACAGUGCCUGGCUUAAUGUCCAGAUGGAAAGUAUGGAGAUUAAUAAAAAUUUUAAUGUGAGAAAUGUAAUUAGUCCUUAUUCUGUUAGAAUUGCUAAAAUAACACUGAAUGCACUUCUUGCAUAGAGGGUUAUGAAUUAGUUUAAAAAUAAUGUUUAUAAAAAUGCUAGAUUAAUCAAUAUAGAGAUAACUUAGAUUGCAAAAAUUGUAAUAAUAACCUAAGCUGUGCAACUUGUUCAGACGGAAUUACUUGCCUAUCAUGUAUAGAAGGCUAUAAAUAUAUUUUAGAAAAAAAAUAAUGUGUUAAAUAAUGUGGUGAUAUAAAUUACUUACUCGAUUUUGAGAACUAAAAUUAAUGUAUAAAACCUUCAGAUUGCAUUAACAGAAAGAUUUCAUCUGAAGGAAUUUGCGUAAAGACUUGUGAGUAGGUAUUGGAGAUAUCAGAUAAUUCUGAUAAAUGUACGCCAAACUGCCCUGACUCAAAAGUGAAGAAAAUGACCACAACUACUGAUGGCAACAAUUUAACCUCUAUAAAAAUUGAGUGUAUUGAUAAGACCAUUUCACAAAAUCUUAAGGAAAAAGCUUAAAGUUUAAAUUAACUUAUUUAAAGCAAUUUGUUGAGUAAGAUUGAAGAUAAUAAUUUAAAGAAAAAAUAUUAAAACUAAAUUGAAGAUAUUUAGAAUGGUCUUGAAAGCAGUAUGCAAUCAAUAAAUGUAUCUGAAAACUAGCCUGGUGAAAUAAGUAGUUAUGUUUAAAAUACAAUUGAUGUAUUCAACACUAUUCUUGAAACUUCUCAUAAACUUUCUUAAAAGAUUUCUCUUCAAUCAGAUUAAGGAAUCAGGCUUCUUUCAAGAAAUACUUAAUUUAUUUCACAAAAUAUUCAAUAAGGUUUAAAAAUUAAAAACAUUUUUUACAUGCCAGACUUUGAUUAAAACAAAUAAAUAAUCUUAACUGAAUAGCAAGCAUCUUCAUCGUAAGUAAAUUAUUAAACUGUUUCAAUUGGCUACUUAAGUUAAAAUAUCUUUUGCUAAAGUCAAUGCACUUAGUCUUUUCCUUACUUGAGUGUCAUCUUGAGCAUACCAAAAGUAAGAGUUUUAGAUACAACAAACUAAUAAUAGUAAUAAUUACUUAAUUCUAUUUAUUAGCUAUCAAACUCUCAAAAUUACAAAGACUAUGCCUGCGUUUCUUAUUCAAAUGGAGCUUAAAUACCAGCAGUGGGAUAAGUCUAUAAUUAAAUAUCUAACACAAUUACUUGCUCAUUUUUAAAUAAUGUUUCUUUAAUUUACGACCCAACAUGUAUUUAUCACCCUGCAAAUUAAUGUUAAGAUCAAUCAACUACUUAAGUAGCUGUCAUAAUAGCUAUGACUGUCAUAGUUACAGUAGUUGUUUGCUGUGGAUACAUUAUCAGUGAAUUCCAAAAAUAUAAACCUGACAGGUUUAUUAGAAAAUAACUCAUUUAUAUCUUAUAAUCUCAGUAAGAAGUUAGCAUAGACAUGUAAUCUAUGCCUAGAGAAGAUAUUUGA